GCUGCCGAGCGCGUCGCCGGGCGGCCGCUCCGCCUCGGCCUAGGGGCGGGGCUGCACAGAACGUGCCCCGAAACGCAGAGGAGUGAAGUGGACUCCACUGUAAGAGAAAUGGCAGCAUCUUCAUCAUCAUCCUCGGCAGGAGGUGUCAGUGGAAGCUCUGUCACAGGCUCAGGCUUCAGCGUCUCGGACCUCGCACCACCUCGGAAGGCACUGUUCACCUACCCCAAAGGAGCCGGAGAGAUGCUGGAAGAUGGUUCUGAGCGAUUCCUCUGUGAGUCCGUAUUCAGCUAUCAAGUAGCGUCAACACUUAAACAAGUGAAGCACGAUCAGCAAGUUGCUCGGAUGGAAAAACUCGCCGGUUUGGUGGAAGAGCUAGAAGCUGAUGAAUGGCGGUUCAAGCCCAUGGAGCAGCUGCUGGGCUUCACACCAUCCUCGGGCUGAGUCUGAGGUUGGUCGAAGCCACUCAGAGAAGGUCCUGGUUGCAGCCCCCCCCCUCAUCUCCCCCAACCCCACUCCAUCCUACCCCACCCCCACAGCUCAGAGUCACCAUUCCAUUGCUCACUGUGCACUCACUUCCGUUUGUUUCUUUGUACCUGUCCACUUGCAACAAAUAUUUAAAUGCUUGGGGAGAUUCUGUUUAUUUUACUAAGUCCUAAGGCUGGAGCAAGCCCAUUUACAGCAACUACAGCAGUGUCUGAGGCCAUGAAUUCACUCCCUAAGCCUGUGAAAAAUAAAAAAAAAAUAAAG